AUGUUCGUGGAUGCUAGGGUAAAUGGAGGAUUCACCAAGGCUUUGGUAGAUACAGGUGCAUCCCAUAAUUUCCUUGCUAAAGAUGAAGCUAAGAAGUUGGGCAUCAAAUACACCAAAAAUCCAGGUCGGUUGAAAGUCGUCAACUCUUUAUCCAAGCCUAUCAUUGGUGUUGCAUAUGGAGUACCUCUUAAGAUAGCAGAAUGGGAAGGCACCAUAGACUUGACAGUGGUGCAUAUGGAUGACUAUCGUAUGGUAUUGGGAAUGGAUUUUCUAGACAAUGUACGACCCUGGUCAUUUGAGAGAGAUGAUACCAUGCGUAUCACCAAGGGUUCAAUAAUUCACAUUGUACCCUUGAAGAUAAAUAGGAUUGGAUCCCAAAUCCUAUCAAUUAUGCAACUCAACAAAGGUCUCAAGAAGAGUGAGGCAAAGUUUAUGACAACCUUGAAGGAGGAAAUUGUUCCCUCAAAGAUGGACAUUCCGAAGGAGAAGAAGAACAUAAUGUCACUAGGGUUACAUAAAAACUCGCAUCUUAGAAGAAAAGUGGAACAUGUGAUGGAGAAACCGGAUAAGGCGAAUAAGAAGAAAAACAUAUUAAUUCGUAAGAGCAAAGUAAAAUCUCUCAACCAAGCAACAUCUAAACGAGAUGAUCAGAUCAAUAAGGGAUCACGUCAUAACAUGCUUGAUGAAAAAGGGAAUGUCGUCUCUGUGAGUGACAUGACAGAGCUAGAGGAGGAACUUAGUGCUGCUCUUAUGCAUACACGUGCUAGAAAGACACAGUUGAUGAUGGAGAGAAUAUCAGGCUUUCAUGAACAGGAAAGGAAAUUAAGCGACGAAAAGGAAGAACUGAAGCAGCAGCUACAGGUGGCAUCAGCAGCAAACCCGAAAGAUGAUGUUGGCGUUGGUGGUCAAAGCGGAGGUCUCAACGACUCUGCUGAUAACCAAUAUUGUGGCCAGACCACUCCUCCCCAACAACUUUUAACACUCCCUCUCUUCAAAGAUUAAUUACUUCCUACAAAUAAAUCAAUAUCUUCGGAGUUAAUGGGAAAUAUAAACAUGCAUAUAAUAAUUGAGUAUAUUGCUAUUUAUUCAUCAAGUACCAGACAUUAUGUAGGCUGUUGUUGUACCAUCCGAAGCUCAAUUCUUUCACCAAUAAAGCUUAUCUUUGUUUGUCGACGAAGCUCCUACAGUUGGUGUCUUUUAGAAAGAGAAAGCUACGUACGAUAACUAUCAUAAGUCCUGAAAGAGAGCUUAACCAUGAAGAAACCUGCCUCCACUCUACAUUUUUUUAAUUGUAUAAUUGGUCUCUCAUUUUAGAAAGUUGUGUAUGCUGGAGAAUGGGUAUUAAUCGAGAACAAUCCACGUAGCAUAUAUUAGUUGGUCCAUGUGAACCAAACAAUAUUAGCCUAAAUUUGCAGUAUCCAGUUACCACUAGGGGUCGAGCAUUAAUUUGUCUUGUGCUUAACGUUGGUUGGUCCAUGUGUCGUUAUGUAUCUAAACAACUCUUGAAAG